CCCGCCCUCACCAACCAUCCUCCUCCUCUUCAUUUUCACCUCGCCCAUUCACCACCAUAUUCUUUCAUUCCCCUCGCCCCACCUCCUUCCCUCCCUCCCCACUCUACUCCUGCCGCCGCUGCAUCUUGAUUCACCUUCCUCUCUCCUCCUCAUUGCCCCCAUCUCCCUCCAAACUACUACUUCGUCUCCAUUCCCCAUACGCCUUCCUGUGGUUCCUCCUCCGAUCUUGGUUGGAGCUCGGCGAUGAUCCACCGAUCUUGAGUUCGUCACAUUAAUGGCCUCUAGGUAGCCAGCCUUUCUCCAAUCCUCAUUAACUCUCCCACCUCUUCUCUCACGGCAACUUGAGCCGAGCUCCAGCUCCGCUCCGCAUUGACCAUCGCCCCUCGUCGGCUCGGUUCUUGCCGCGUCCAAUCCUGAUCUGGAAGCUUCGUGUGCCGUGAUCUGAGAGGUUCGUGGGGGCAUGGGGACCGGGGCGGUGGCGGUGGCGGCGCCGGACCGGGCCAAGCAGCGCCGGGGCGGCCACCUCUGGAAGAAGGCGCUGCUCCACUUCUCGCUCUGCUUCGUCAUGGGCUUCUUCACGGGGUUCGCGCCCUCCUCCUCGUCGUCCUGGAAGGCCGCCACCCAGCACCUGCCGCACCGGGCCGGGGACCAACUCGCCGCCUCCCGCGUCGCCGUCGACGCGCGCGUCAACAUGGUGCCGUCGCCGCCCGACGCGGCUGGCGAGGUGGGGCUCGCCGGCGCUGCCGCCGCCGGCGGCGGGGCGAUGGUGGAUGUGGGCGACGACGACGAGGAGGCCGGCCCGCGGCGGCUGCUGAUUGUGGUCACCACCACGCGGUCAGGCGCCGGCGAGCGGCGGCGGCGCAGGGCCGAGCUGCUGCGCCUGGCGCACACCCUGCGGCUCGUGCGCCCGCCCGUCGUCUGGGUGGUCGUGGAGCCCGCCGCCGACGCGCCCGCCACGGCCGAGGUGCUGCGGGGCACGGGCGUCAUGUACAGGCACAUCGCGUUCAAGCCCGAGGAGAACUUCACCACGGCCGCCGCCGAGGCGCACGCGCAGCGGAACGCCGCGCUCGCCCACGUCGAGAAGCACCGCCUCGCAGGCGUCCUCCACUUCGCCGACGCCGCCGGCGUCUACGACACCGGCUUCUUCGACCAGAUCCGCCAGAUCGAGGCGUUUGGCACAUGGCCUGUGGCAACAAUGUCGGCAGGCGAGAAGAAAGUGGUAGUGGAAGGUCCACUAUGCAGUGCCUCAAUGGUCGUGGGCUGGUUCUCAAGGGACUUCAACGAUGGGACUACCCGUGCAGUGACAUAUAACACAGAAGCUGACUCGAAUCCUGCUGGUGCUGCUGGUACACGAGCCCACACAAUUGAUGUCUCAGGGUUCGCAUUCAACAGUUCUAUUUUGUGGGAUCCUGAGCGGUGGGGACGGCCAACAUCAUUACCAGAUACUUCACAGGAUUCGAUCAAGUUUGUGCAAGAAGUGGUACUGGAAGACCGAGCUAAGCUGAAGGGGAUUCCCUCUGAUUGCUCCCAGAUCAUGGUGUGGCAGUAUAGCGUGCCCAGCUCACAAUAGAAGGUAGUAAGAGGAUGGCAUUUUCAGAAAGGGGAAAUUGGCGGAAUCGGAGUCGAUGUAAAUGUGGCGAUAACAAAAGGAAAGGAAGAAGGUCCAUUACUAAGUUUUCUUGUUUCUUUUGGGGUUCCCUUUUUUCUCUCUCUAUCUCAUUUUUGGGUCUUCAAGUUUGGAGUUGGGGGCCAAUGAUGAAUUGUCCGUGGGAGAUCUGCCCCCGACCGGAAAAAAGAAAAAAAAAGCGAUAGUAUUUAUUCAGAUUUAUUUGUGAUUCUUUUAACUCGGUGCUGUUGUGCUUGGGGAUUCCUCUGGUGGAAUUGCAAUAAAACCAUGUGUAGGAGGAAGGAAUGUACUUGGGGAAGAAAAAAUGGCAAUGGCAUGAGGAGGAAGAGUGCGUUGUGUUAGUUGUGGCAUGAAUUCCAGCAAUUACCAUGUCAAGAAAAAGAAUCAUAUAUAUGCACAAAAAAGCCCUACUAUUUCA